ACAAAAGACUGAAGUAUUCUGCACCUAACUAGACUUGUUCUCAUUCUCUCUGCCAACACCCCUCUCUCUCUCUCUCUCUCUCUCUCUCUCUCUUAUCUCCUUAGUGUAAGUGAUCAUCACUCAACACUAAAAGUAUAAGCAUGGAAGUUGUAAACAUGAGAGAUCAUAAACUACAAAAUGAUCAUCAAACUUACAUGAAGAAGCUAGAAGCAACAACACUACAAGAAACUAUCCAAAAUCCAUCUCCACCACAAACCGCCACCGCAUCGCCACCAUCGGCAUCGCAAUCUCCUACCCAUGAGUUCUCAUUCACCAUUUCUCUCAACCCUAAUCCACCACAAAAAUCUACACAAGAUGGUCACAAGUACAACACUUAUAUUGAUAAUGACAAUGACAACCACAACCACAACCACCGUAGCUUCACGCCACCACCUGAACCAUUGACCGCCAUUGACCUAUCUCCGGCCGAUGACAUCUUCUUUCAUGGUCACCUCCUCCCUCUCCACCUUCUCUCUCAUCUCCCCAUAUCCCCUCGCUCUUCAACAAACUCAAUGGACAGUUUUACCCUUCCCAUGAAAGACAUUUUAAAAGAUCAAAACAACCCUAUUGGAAACACUAGUUUUCAUUACCACCACCGGAACACCUUCUCUGAAUUCAAUCUACCCAACAACAAUGUCACUCAAACAAGACCAAAGUCGAAAUCUUUCUCAAUCUUUAGCCGACCCAAGUGGAAAAAAGGAUCACUUGAUGAAAGAGAAGUAGACCAUGAAAACCAAGAUCAAGAAAGACACAACAACUCCAAGAAAAAGCUCAAACUAGAAGUGGCUCAACUCAUCAAAAGGUACAUGAAAAUGGUGAGACCUUUUAUGUCAUUUACAAAGGCGAAGAGGCCGAAUACCGAGUUUAACCGGCAGCCGCAUUCCUUUUCUGGUAACUUGGUGAGCUCCAGAAGUAGUCUGCCGGUGGAGAUGAAUAGAAGUGACCGGAAAAGAGGGAAGUAUUCAGCUCCGGUGUCCAUGAGAACUUCUCCGACCAAUAGUGGGAUACUUCAUGCUUCAGGAACUGUAAGUCCAGCCAAAAGCACAACUAGUGAUAGCACCAUGGAAGAAUUACAAGCUGCCAUUCAAGCUGCUAUUGCUCAUUGUAAGAAUUCAAUUGCCAUUGAAGAUAAAGUUCAACCUUAAAGUUACUAAAUAAAUAAAUAUUCAAAAAACUUGCCCCUUUUUAUUCAAUAUUCUUCUUAAUUGUUGUAUAUAAUAAUAAUAAUCUUGUUAUAUAUUCUUAUGUAUAAGUGAUUUUUUAUUUUAAAACGUAUCAUUAUAUGUGUUCUGGUUG